AUGACGAUGAAUCAUUCUGGUCCUCGAACAGCGGGAAACAAAAGUCUCGUCUCGUACAGAUCAGGAUAUGGCAUCGUGGGAUACGCAGGCUACACGCCUUCGUCGGAGUGCAUCCCUAUACCAGUCAAAACGGGACCGAGCACAUUUGAAGAACGGAUGGAGAUCAAGGAAGCGAAUCAAACCUACACCAAGGAAUACUUGAAUAAUGGGGGAUACAGCAGCUUGUACGGGAGUACUCUAGGGCUGAUCAAACCGCUGGCGGACAAUUCCAAUGAGGUGCCCGAGGAGCAGGCAGGCGAGAGUGUUCGAUCAGAAGCAGCUGACGAGCGAGAAUUCCAAUCCAAACCGUUCUUGGCAUCCUCAUUGUACUUGAACGACUUCAAAGUUCAUCAGAAACCUCAGCGGAUAGCGCUGAUGGGAGUCAAAAGAUAUUCUGCACAAGGGACAACGUAUUCAGACUCCUUCGAGCUUGCAGCCGACUUGAAGUACGGACAGAACUGGCUCGAGGAGAAGAGCCUCAGGCCCAAGACCUACGUCAAGUCAGUUGUCUUUGAGAAGCCGAAAUGGAGAGACGUCGACCUGAAGCCAAGGCCGAUGAGCAGUCAGUACAUGAAUGACUUCGCCAUGAAAUCGGGAGAGAUCAUGAAGCAGCCUGGAGACAUCUGCGACAAAGCGAGCAGCAAGGAGCUUUUCCAGGGCACCACCAAGUUCUUCCGAUUAGUCCCCAACUACUACGGGUUCAUUCCCGCCUCAGAGGCGAAUCAGCAUGCCCUUUCUCAGGUCAGCCGCAUGGACCUCAAGCCCGACUCAAAGAAGUUCCGCCUCUUCACCCUCCAGCAAUAUUCUCUCAACGUUCCUGGAUGUGCCAAGUUCCGCCCCAGCACAGCGUACAACUUGUCACGGUUGCAUCAGGAUAUUCCCAGUGCGGCCCACAAGUUUGUCAACGAAGUCCGUGGGCGAUUUCUUGUCAUCGCCAUCAGCCGAGGAGAUGCUAAAGAGUACGAGCACGAGGUAACGACUAAGUCAAGUGGAGAAGUUAGCCAGAGCUCGAACGGCAUCCACAACGCACAGGGGUUCUACAAGCUCCUCCGUCCAUACGAGGGUCUUCCUCGGGUUAUGUGGCCUUCGUCGAGAUCGGAGUCAGGCUAUCGAUUCUCCAAGGUAUGA